AUGGGACAACAGAGUAGCAGUAUAAGCCACAGUCAUCAUCGGCAUAAACGGCACGGUAUUCAUGACACAGAAGAUCCUCUCUCUAGACGUCAAACCGUAGCAACUGAUGACCUUUCUUCGGAAAGUGAAGACGUCAUGACCACAACGACGACCACAGUUUCCUCUUCUCUUCCUUCCAAUAAUCAUCUCUUCUCAAGAAUUCAUCGUCAAGAUCAUCGUCAUCAACAACAACAACCACACCAGCAGCCGCAUGGAUCCAUGUUUCAGAGCAUGACCUCUCGACCCUCUCCGAAUCAUUACGCAACGACCACAACAGAUCCAAAGAAGAAGAACAAGACCAUGAAGAAGGAAUCCCCGCGAAAUUUUACGGUAACACAGAAAAAUAAUGAAACAACGACGAGUGGGGCUGGAGCUGAUACGACGAGGAUGAAGGAAGAGGUUGUUUCCGAUCGUGGAGGAGGAGGACAACAACCACAACAACGGCGUGGAAGUAAUCAUCAUGCUGCAAAACAUUAUUCGAUCGGGAUUGGAAAUGCUAUUCAUUUAAGAUUAAAACAGAAAAUUGAUGAACAUGAUGAUGAUGAGGCUUGUGAUCAUCAUGGUGAAAAUCUAGAGGAUGAUCAUUUGGAAAUGAUGAUCAUGACUGAAGAGGAUAUUGAUGAAUUUGAUGAUGAUUUCAAUCCCAUGAAUGAUAAUAAUAAUAAUAUGAAUAAUAACAAUAAUACGGAUUUGAGGAAUUAUAGUGUUUUCACAACAACAUCAACGAACAGCAACGCGACAAUGAAUGAAGCGGGCAAACGUAGCGAAUCUGCAGUUACACAUUUACCAUCCGAUGAUGAUUUUGAGAGCUUUCAUGGAGCACUGCCAUCAUCGGCGGCAGUACUGACCCAACCACCAAAACAACAACCUUCAAAUGGAUCGAGUAAUAGAAAUCAUGUACACUCGGGUCAAUAUCAUCAUCACAGAAGAUCUUCCUCCAUUGAUUAUUCUGCUAUUGGAACGACAAAUGUUUCUUCGCAUGGAAAUCAUUAUCAAUCAAAACUAAAGAAUACUGUAGAAACGACGACAUGCUCUUCGACAGGUUCACUAAAUGUUGCAAGUUCUGAUCGUGUGGCAGCAGCUUCAAUUUCACCUCCACACCACGCUUCAGAAUUGAUUUCAACAUCUCUCGUUCAUGAAAUGACAUUUGUGGAGGAAGAAAUGGAUCCAAAAGAAGAACGAUUGUGGAGCGAAAAUGAUGACGAAAUUUCUGAGCUAUGGAAUGCAAUACCAAAGUCUUAUCAUGCAGGAAUUAACCGAGUUUAUUUAAAAUUGAAAAAUAGAUUUAAGAAUGAUAUUGACAUCACGGAUCAACAAAUGAGACAAAUGGCAUGUGACUUGGGAUUUCCAAACUUUUUCUACGAAUACAUGUUUGCUCGUUUGGAGCCAACAGUUUUUGGCUUGUUACACGAGGAAUAUGUGUUAAAAAAGAAAAAGAAUAGAAAGAACAUGCGAAUGGAACGGUAUGCUAAUAAGCCUAAUUUUCCUCCAUCAAACAGUGGAGAUUCCCAAGAAGACAAGAAAUCUCCAUCAGCAACACCUACCAAUACGACCACCAUUCCUAUUACCUCCAAAAACUCACCACAACAACAACGAAUUGUAGAAUACAAGACCCUAUCAUCAUCCCCGGUGUUACCUAGAACAGAAUUAUUGAAUCGAUUAUUUAACGAUGCUGACGAAGUGGAAACAAAGAAACCUGAAACUGUGCGAUUACUCUCGUCAUUUGAUGAGUAUAUUAACGUGAACCAAGAUAUGAAAUUUGAGAAGGCGAUUAAGGUGAAAUUAAUUAUAACAGAAGUGGGAAAGAGUCCAGGUAGAAUUCGAACAGCUGCUUCACCUUUAAUGAGUCGCUUAAAAGUGUUCGAUCAAUUUGGAUGGUUUCACACCAGUUUUUCAAUUGGAAAUCUUCGCUUUGAUUGGACCAAUAGUGGCUAUUGUUCAGUCACUACUGUAAAAUCGGCCACGUCUCUUCUCGCCAUAACAUGUCGAGAAAUUUGGAGCCUCAGAGAACUUGAGGGAAUUUUAAAAUUGCUCUCUAUUGAAAUUUCUAGAUGGAAUCGAAAUUUUACCUAUACAAAUCUUAAAGGAAGUGUUGAGAAAGAAACUGGAAGUUGUCAAACGUUCACUGUAGAAAUGAUGAAAGCUAUUGGUGUUGCCGAUUUAACCUUUGUUGGAAAUAACAGUAUUCAUAAUUUUUUGAGAGACCUAUUACAGAGAGGAAAUCCAAUCACAAAAUUCUCAAUCAACGAGGCAUUUCGAGAGAAAUAUUUCAAGCUGAUUGAUGCAAAAAUUGAGCAAGUCAAAAUUCAAAAUGUUGUCACUUCUUCGGAAUUAUUGCUGAGCCAUAUGCCUAUCAUUGCAAGUUAUUCGACGCCAACAACCAGCAAUGAUAGCACGGAGGCAAGCUCUGACAAUUCGUCAGAUCCAACCUUACAAUCAUUUAUUCAAAAACAACAGGUUCAUUUCGAAGCUAAAAAACAAAAAGUGGCCGAAAUCAAGCGCUGGGAACAUUUCCAAUCCUACUAUUUUGGAGUCAACAAGAAGUAUAUCAUUUUUACAACACACCGAGAGUUGGAUGGUUUUGUACAUUGUUUGAAAGAGCUCGACGAAAACUUCAAAAACACUCAAGAGUAUGGACUUUUGAACGCAUUCGAUAGAGGAUUUUGGUUGAGAUAUUCGAAUUCUGUGUCCAUCAUGCAACGAAUUCAACAACGAAAGAAACAACGAGAGACGGUUCGCUCAAAAUUAGGAUUCACCGAUCCACUUGCUCUCACUAAAGAAGAACAGGAAGAAUAUGUUCGAAUCAAGCGAGAUUUAGAAAUUUGUCAGCCAUUGGUCACAGGUAAUGAUUUUAAUUGUGCCUUUGGAGAUCCAGUUUCAAGUCGAUCCUUAUUCAUUCCAAGUACAAAACGAUCAGAUGUUCUAGAUAUUCAACAAGAUAUCCAAAUAGGUUCAUUAAAGCUGUGA